GAUGGAAUGGAAAACGAGUUUGAGCAAAAGAAUAUAAUUGGUAUAAAACUAAACAUAGGGACAGUUUCUGUAAACUAAAAAAGAGAAGCAAAAUCGAAGGCACGAAACAUUAAAAUUAAAAGAAAAGAAAAGCGAAGCUUGAAGGAAGCAGCUUUGUUUCUGUGCUUGGGGCUGGCUUUUGCUGCUGCGUGGCCCUCCCCCUCACUCCAUAGCUAACACACUCUAACAUCCCAGAAGAAACAGCUUCAGGGUUUUGGAUGCGAGGGUGUGAUGCUGCUUUAUCUUGUUGAUCGGUUUCAUUUGAAGGAUAUGCAAAUUUGAAUAUCUGGGUUGGUUUCUUUUUUGAUGCUACAGCCACAUUGCAGUCCUGUUUAGCUGAGGAAUCUUAUUGAGGAACUAUAUUUGAUAUAAUCAGGGGGGGACAGAGAAUGUAUGGUAGAGCAGGUCUUGAGAGAUUUAAAAAAGCUGAAUCUACUGAACCCUUCUCAGUGUCUGUCAAUUCGGCUCCCAAAACCACUACACUACCUGCUACUAAAACUGUUACACAACCCUCAGUUCAGUAUUCGCAAUCUAAGACACAAUCCCAGUUCCGAGACCAACCUCAUGCUGCUCAAAAACCUGAGGUGCCAGAAGCUGGGCCAUUGUUGGGCAAUACUCAGCCAGUGACGCAAGUUGGUGGAGGGCAGUCAACUUGGCAGCCACCAGAUUGGGCAAUUGAGCCUCGACCAGGAGUUUAUUAUCUUGAGGUUUUGAAGGAUGGAGAGGUUCUUGAUCGGAUUAAUUUGGAUAGGCGGAGGCAUAUCUUUGGGAGGCAAAUUCCUACUUGUGAUUUUGUGCUUGAUCAUCAGUCUGUUUCACGCCAACAUGCUGUUGUAAUUCCUCACAAGAAUGGAAGCAUAUUUGUGAUUGAUUUGGGGUCUGCACAUGGAACAUUUGUGGCAAAUGAGCGGUUGACCAAAGAUACCCCUGUUGAGCUGGAAGUGGGGCAGUCUUUGCGGUUUGCUGCAUCAACACGAACUUAUAUCCUGAGAAAGAAUGACGCAGCUCUUUUUCCUCAUCCUCCACCACCCUCAGAUAUUAACAUACCACCACCUCCUGAUCCAUCUGAUGAAGAAGCUGUUGUAGCAUAUAAUACUUUUUUAAAUCGUUACGGUCUAAAUAAGCCUGAUCUAUCAACUAAAUCAAGUGAAUCCAGUGAUUCAUUAAGCAGAAGACAUGAUGACCUGCAAUCGGAGAGAGCUGCUAAGAGAAUCAAGAAAGCAAGGGUUGUUUUCAGGGAUCAAGUUGGGGGUGAGCUGGUUGAAGUUGUUGGUAUUUCAGAUGGUGCAGAUGUAGAAACAGAGCCUGGUCCAAUAGGUGUAAAAGAAGGAAGUCUUGUUGGAAAAUAUGAAUCUCUUGUACAGGUUACUGUAAUACCCAAAGGUAAGGAACAAUUCUCAGCAAAGGAAAACAAUGCUUCACAAAAAGGUGUCACUAGUAAAUUACAACAAGUCUUGAAUAAGGUUAAAGCUGCUCCAAAAAUUGGGAUGUAUGAUGACCUUUAUGGAGAAUCAUUUGCUGGAAAAGUGGGUUCUUCCUGGGCAUAUUCUUCUGAUAGUUCUGCUGGUAAUGCAGCUUCUCCGACUAAAGAUGGCCAAGGGAAUGCCACUGGUUCUUUGAGUGGAAAUCCUCAAAAUAACUUGAGCUUUUACGACGACGACGACGAUUUAUUUGGUGACUAGUUGAAGCGAGGGAGCACAUUGUUGCCACACCAUGUCCCAAGGUAAUAGCCAUUAGAGGCCAUUGUUUCCCAUGUAAUUUGGAAAUUUUGUUGUAUUUUACCAGCAAUUUUUUUUAUUCUGUGUAAUGGCAACUGCUCAUUUGGGCUAUAUUUUGUAACUCGCACCUUUUAGCCUUCAAACUUGUGUUAACCUAGAGGAAAUGGAGUAGAAUUAAGUCGUGGCCAGUUUUUUAGCUGCUUAUCAAA